CAUUUCAAUUACAACACACUUCUAGCUUUAUCGCGUAACACCAAUUACGACGAUAGACAUUUCUUGAAGUCGCAUGUGCAGAUGCAGUGCCUGCCCGAGUCUGCAAUGGAUCAGAAUCAAUGGGAUGAUCCGGCGGCUGCCAUUCGACCCCGCUGGGCGACUUCAUCAGAUUGAUUCCCCCACCUUGACGUAGAUGACUCCUCGAUGACUCCCACUGCUUGAAGUUUACUAACUUCUCGUUUCUCUUCCAGUAACCUCAAUUGAUCUGCACUCAGCUCUCAGGCAUCAUGGGACUCGUCGAGGUGCUAUUCAAUGCUCUGUUGGGUAACCCACUGCUCACAGUUCUUGUCAUCUCGGUCUCCCUCUUCCUCUCCCGCUGCAUCUACCGGAUAACGCUCCACCCUCUCGCACACAUCCCAGGUCCUCUGCUAUGGAAGACAUCAUCUCUAUGGUUGUACUACCAUUCGUACAUUGGUGACGAGGCGACUGUUAUUCAUGCCGCACACGCUCGAUAUGGACCCCUUGUUCGAGUCUCGCCGAAUGAAGUCGAUAUUGGCGACGCUGAUGCUAUAAACGCUAUAUAUGUGUCGAGAGGUGGAUUUCUUAAAGCUCCGUGCUAUGCGAACUUCGAUAUCGAUGGCCAUCCUACGAUAUUCUCUGCGCUCGAUCCAGAUCACAGAGCUAUUAGGGCGAAAGCUGUGGUUACUAUGUUCUCUACCAAGAGCAUCCGAGAAAAUGAGGCUGCAUUAUAUGGAUGCGUAGACCGCAUGGUGGACCGAAUGCAAGAAGAAGCUACGACAGGACGUCCAGUCAAUGUAUUGAAUUUGUCAAGGAGUCUGGCUGUCGAUGCUGUUUCAACACACCUAUUCCAGGAGAAUUAUAAUGGCACGUCAGAGAAAGGGAAGACUCUUUCCGUCUCUGCCUUUGUGGACGCAUUUGUUGCCGUCGGCCGAUUCUUCUAUUUGCCUACUACUGUGUUCAUCUGGCUUGAGUGGGCAAUUGAGAAAUGCUUUCCAAAUGAGCACACCGCUUUGUCAAUGCAAGUUGUUGAUAAGUUCGUAGAACAGCUCGUUGAUUCGACACCUCAAGGGGCUCAGAACUACCCUGGGAGAUUGAUCCCUCUUGGACUUGAGAGGACUGAGGUUAUGGCUCAGUGUAAAGAUCUCAUUUUCGCUGGUACAGACUCGACUGGCAUGAACCUGUCCACCAUUUGCCGUUACUUAGCAUUGCAUCCUGAAAAAUAUGAUAUUCUUCGCAGAGAAAUUCUUGCCAAUGCAAAUGCUGGCGAGACGAAGCAAGACAUUCAAGCUCUCCCAUAUCUGUCAGGUGUUGUCCGAGAAGGUCUUCGUCUGAGCAUGGCAAACCCCACCAGGUUACCUCACAUUGUUCCAAGGGGUGGCUGGACGUUCAAAGGUACACACUUUCCCGCUGGCACGCUCGUUGGAUGUUCGGCCACAGAGCUCCACUUGAAUCCUAAUGUCUACCCGAACCCAUAUAGCUUCCAGCCUGAAAGAUGGCUAGAGGAGAACAUCACUCCAGAUGCUAGCAAAUACUUUUUUGCAUUCGGAGCUGGCUCCAGAGCCUGCAUUGCGCGCAAUCUGGCGACGGUCGAGCUGUAUAUGGCGACGGAGAAGGUGGCUGAGAGAGAUGUUCUGAGAGGUGCGAAGGCAGUGCAGGAUAAGGUCGAGAUCUACGAAUGGUUCAACUCUAGCGUGAAGGGAGAGAAGAUCGAGCUGAUUUGGGAGAAGUUCAAUGUGUAGCUGGAUUUGAUAGGCGAUUAAGGCUGUGUCUGCCACGUGUGGGCUCAUCGGACCUGCUUCGCUGCAUACUUUUAGGGCAAUUUGUGAAUUAGAACCAAAGUUUAUCCCAAAUUCGGAAAAUCGCAACUGCUGCAAAGCAACACGAAUAACUUUAACGCACAAGUUUGUUACCAACAAGUUGAAACUUGCUCCUUACUGAGUCAAGUAUACCGAAACCUUCAAAACAAGCAUGUGCGAAAGUCACUCCACUAAAAGCUCGAGAGUCGUGUUUGCUCGCAAUGCGUGAAUCUUAUGUAGGACUGACUGAAGUCUCCCCUCUUCCCCCGAAUGCCGCGCACUAGGAUCCUUCUCAACAUCGGCUUCCAUCUACUUUUCAACAUCCACGACAAACAAGGCCUAUUCUUGCAUAUACAGAGCUAUCUUAGAUUUAUAGGCUUCUUAGAAACAACUGAUUGGGAAGUUGC